AUGGAGCCGUCAGUGCGGGAGAGCGUCUCGCGCAUUCCGCUGUUGAAGACGAAGGCGGGCCCACGUGAUGGUGACAAGUGGACAGCGCGGCUUAAAGAGGAGUACGCCUCCCUAAUCGCCUAUGUCGAGAACAACAAGGCGAGCGACUCGCACUGGUUUCAGCUGGAGAGCAACCCGCAAGGGACACGCUGGUACGGCACCUGCUGGACCUACUAUAAGAACGAAAAGUACGAGUUCGAGAUGAACUUCGACAUCCCGGUCACGUACCCGCAGGCACCCCCGGAGAUUGCGCUGCCGCAGCUUGAGGGGAAGACAGUGAAGAUGUACAGGGGCGGCAAGAUCUGCAUGACGACGCACUUUUUCCCCCUGUGGGCACGCAAUGUGCCGUACUUCGGCCUCAGCCACGCCCUUGCCCUCGGACUUGGGCCGUGGCUAUCGAUUGAGGUGCCGGCUAUUGUUGAAGAAGGGCGUCUGAAGCCCGCCAGUGCAGCUGCGUUGUCCACGACUGCUGAGCAUAGCAAGUGA